AACAGUCCCCGUGUAGCGCCGUGGCCUCUGAUAAGAAAAUUAUAUCCACUAACACCAGGAGGAUACGGGACAGAGGAAUAUACCUCAAAGGGAUUUAAAUGCAACUUUGUCUUCAGCAGGAGUACAAAAUGGCGCAGUCUAAAAAAAUAACCUCUGUCACGUGUCGAACUGAUGACGAACGACCACAGCAUGACAGUAGAUGUCAUUGGGAAAGAACGCUGCUAUAAAACUCAGGAGCUUUAUACUCUAAAGUACGCCGAUGUCGUGAAUCUUAUAAAGGAAAAUGGCUCCUUGGUUCUGAGGGAAAAGGCAGAUAUGGACAAAUCAGCAGCGCAAGCAGAAGGGCCGAAGUUAACACCUCGAGUCGUCCGCACGGGGAGCGAACCAAGCCUUCUACCGCCUCUGAACAGAACUCGCAUUAUGAAAGACACAACCUGGAUCCGGUAUGCGCAGAACACUACGCCGCAGAACCGGAACACGACCACAAGGUCAUCAGAUAUGUCAAAGGUGAAGGACGGAGAGAAGAAGAAAGUACGCGCGCUGAGUCCAAUAAACAGUAACCCGCGUGGCAGCAAGGAUUAUGUGAGCUCCCCGGGGCCUGUUUUGUUGAAUCACUCCCCGUAUAAAUUGGAGGAUGCUCAUCCGCGCGAACGUGCGCGUAUUGAUUUUCAAGACGUUUUGCUCACAACGAAGAAAAAACGAAAAAAUGAGGUACAAAAUAAGGAAAAUAGGCCUAGCAACCGACCCAACAGAGAUAAAUUCGUUGACUAUCUGAAUCAGAAAAGGGAGUUAACGAAACAAAUCCAUUUAAAGAGCAAUCAUGUCGAUUUUCAUGAGAGGCCCGGGCAGACGCAGAAAAAUCGCAUGAGUUAUCCUAUGGUGCGACCGCGUUACAGGGAGGAGGUCAGCAUCAGAAAUAAACUGGAGGAGUUUAAGCGAUGGCAUGAGCAGGAAUAUAGACUACGGUAUACCAAGAACAAAAUGAUAAUUGACGAGGGGCCGAAAUUGCAGAGGCCGUCGUCGGCGGGAAGACAACGAAAAUUGCCGGAAACUGCGCCGGUUUUGAUCAAAAAGAUCCAGGUUCCGGAAGUAGUUCCAGUGGAGAAAGUUCCGGUCGUGACGGAGUCGAGUUCGAGUGAGCUCGUUGGAUCAAAGCGAUUAAAAUUAAAAAAUGACGCUGAGGUGGAUGCAGUACGAUCAAAAGACACAAGCGGCCAGAAUACUGAAUCAAAAGCAUCGAAAUGUGUUGAAAAGCGCGUCGAAACGAAAGCGCGACGGACUCGAAGUACAAAGAUUUCAGUGCCGCCAAAUCAAAACGCGGCUUCGAAUACUGCGAAUACUAGUGCUGCGCAGGCGCCGGCGUCUGCGAAAACAUGGAGGACUUGGCGGGCCCCGGAUACUUCUUGCGCCUAUCAGGAUGUGAAACAGUACAUAGAGGAUAAUGAAUUGAUGCCCGAAUCGAAGGAGAAAAUGAUUAGAGACUGGGUGCAAGAUGUUGAUCGUUAUAUGAAUGAUAUUCAAGAAGAGAACGAGGAAACGGAAAUAGGCGAGUCUUAUCCGGAGCCGAUUCCGAUUUCGUCACCGACGGAAAGUCUGUCUGACUCAUCGGAGACAGCGUGACCACAGCGAUUAACCGGGAGAAGUUUUUAUGAGACAAUCGGUCGUCUGUCCAACCAGAAGAACUAGAUUCUGCAUCACCGGUGCAGUAAUUUUGAAUGAGCCAAUCACAGGGCCUUAUUUGACGGAUUUCCGGUCAGUUUUGCUUUUGGUGGGUUAAAUUUUUGUUUAAGUUUGUGUUUUCAUCGAGUUGUCGGGAUAUCGUGCUUUGAAAGUGCUAUUCGUUGGACGCGCUCCUGAACUCAUGAAUUAUUGCCUCAAGGACAGCAGGGACCCAGUCCAGCAUAAGUAAGACAAUAAAUAAUACUGCAGGAGGCCCCCGCCCGAGAGAUUAGUUUCGCAAUCGAAUUACCGGACAUGCCCUUGUAUGCCAUGCACUACUCAUAUCAACGCGAUUGCAAUUUCUUUGCAGAUUUCCUUCCUGGAUAGGUGUGGGGGGGGGGGAGGCAACGAGUGUCUCCCAAGCCAGGCAGCUACUAUACUUAAGUACAGUGCCAUCACUACACUUGCCUGGUGAUGUAACUUCUGAAAGUUCUACGAUGUAAAUAAUUGUGUGCAUAGGUUUCCCGAUGCAAAAGAUCUGAUUUUCCGUCAGAUAAAAUAAAGUAUUUUGUAUAGUUCUUUGUUUUUUUCCGCACAUAUUUGCGAUGUUUCGCAAAUUUCACGAAUUCCUCAUCGCGAAUCGUUAUUUAUCUGGCAAAGUAACGAUACCAUUAACGUUUAAAUCGCUCAGUAAGAUGGAGGUCCAGCCUGAUUCUCGACAGGU